AUGGCUUCGACCGACGACGCUUUGGAGACCUACACUCACCUUCCCCUCCAUAUCGACCCCCAGACGAAACAGAUCUCCAUCCUGUCCUCGGACAAGACACUGCAAGAUGCGGUCUCCAGUAUCAACAAGCUCCACACGUCCUUUAAGUCACUUGAGACCCCAAAUAAUAUUCCACCUCCCCCUCUCCCGGUCAACCCCAAACGAUCAGGUCAGAUCCAAAAAUUGCGAGAGUCCGCAGUUGCAUCCUCACGCAAAGGCCAGCAUGCAGACGCGAUCCGCCUCCUCGGAUUUGGCAUAGAUAUGGCUGCUGCACGACCGGGAUGGGAGCCCAUGGGACUGGCCAGAGAAGAGCUCGCCUUGAUGUAUCUCUCUCGUGCUGCUGCCAAUGCUGACCUUCAAAACUGGGUCGAAGGUCUGAAAGAUGCCGAGUGCAGCGUUGAGUGCAAACGAGGCCCUGGCACCGGUCCGAAUGGGGAAAAAGUUCCUGGCAACGCGAAAGCGUACAUUGUCGGUGGAAGGUGUCUGAUGGAAAUGGGACGAUGGCAAGAUGCCGUUGACUGGCUGGAGAGAGCGAUUGAAAUCGAGGGCAAAGAAGGCGACGAUUGUCGAGAACUCGUGCGACGACUAACGGAAGCAAAGAGGCAUACGGAAAACAAAGGUUGA